AAACCAGGCACUUUUCUCCCAGCUGGUGUUGUGAGAGAACAUCCCUCCACCAUGAACUUCUCAGGAAAGUACCAGCUCCAGUCCCAAGAGAACUUUGAAGCCUUCAUGAAGGCUGCUGGUGUACCUGAUGACAUCAUACAGAAGGGAAAGGAUGUCAAGGGAGUGUCUGAAAUUGUACAAACUGGGAAACACUUCAAGCUCACCAUUUCCACCGGCACCAGACUCCUGGUCAAUGAGUUCACUCUGGGGGAGGAGUGUCAGCUGGAGACUCUGACCGGAGAAAAGGUCAAGGCUGUAGUGCAGAUGGAAGGAGACAACAAGCUGGUGACAACUCUCAAAGGGAUCAAGUCAGUCACUGAACUCAAUGGAGACAUAAUUACCAACACCAUGACCUUGGGUGAUAUUGUCUUCAAGAGAACCAGCAAGAGAAUUUAGACAUCUCUGCCUUUCAUUUAUUUUUACUGUGUAAAAUUGGUGCAAUAAAGUGUGGCUUGUAAAAAAAAAAA